AUGUCCGACUUUGAAGACGCAAUGGACGUCGACUCGGCCCCCACCGUGAGCAACGACGCCCUCUUCUCCGCCGAUGCUAGCAAAGGCAAGCGAAGCACGGCGGCCAACCUGCCGGUCGAGGCCGAAGAUACGCUACCAUGGAUCGAAAAGUACCGACCGGAAUCCCUCGACGACGUCGAGGGCCACCAGGACAUCCUCGCCACCAUCAACAAGUUCGUCGACGCCAACCGUCUACCACACCUGCUCCUCUACGGCCCGCCCGGCACCGGGAAGACGUCGACCAUCCUGGCCCUCGCGCGGCGCAUCUACGGCGCCGCCCACGUGCGCCAGAUGGUGCUCGAGCUCAACGCCUCGGACGACCGCGGCAUCGACGUGGUGCGCGAGCAGAUCAAGACGUUUGCGAGCACCAAGCAAAUAUUUGGCAUGGGCGGCGGGAAUCGGACAGGCGGCAACGGCAGCGGGAUGGCGGGCUUCAAACUGAUCAUCCUGGACGAGGCUGACGCCAUGACCAACACGGCGCAGAUGGCGCUGCGCCGCAUCAUGGAAAAGUACACGGCCAACGCGCGCUUCUGCAUCAUCGCCAACUAUGCGCACAAGCUCAGCCCGGCGCUGCUGAGUCGCUGCACGCGUUUCCGCUUCAGCCCGCUCAAGGAGGCGGACAUCCGGCAGCUGGUGGUCAAGAUCGUGGACGAGGAGGGCGUGCGCAUCGGCGCCGAGGCCGUCGACGCGCUCGUCAAGCUGAGCAAGGGCGACAUGCGCCGCGCCCUGAACGUGCUGCAAGCAUGCCACGCGUCUAGCACGCCCCUGCGAGCGCCCGGCGCGCCCAAGGUCCCCGACGCCGAGGUCCAGCGCGAGACCAUCACCACCGAGACCAUCUACACCUGCAUCGCGGCGCCCGCGCCCGAGGCGGUGCAGCAGAUCCUGUCGACGCUGCUCAGCACCGCCGACGUCACCAGCUGCCUCAACACGGUGCACUCGAUCAAGCGCCUGCAGGGGCUGGCGCUCGCCGACGUGGUCACCGCGCUGGCCGAGGAGCUCGCCAAGCUGGACGUGCCGCCCGAGGUCACCAUCGCGUGGCUCGACGGGCUCGCCGAGAUUGAGCACCGCGUGGCGGGCGGCGCCAGCGAGGUCCUCCAGACGGGCGCGGUGGUCGGCGUGGUGCGCGCGGGCGUGGAGCUGAUGGGCAACAAACCGAUCAAGACGUGA